CAUAGAAGUAGACAAAAACAGGAGAGAGAGAGAGAGAGAGAGAGAAAUGGAUUAGAAAGAGAGAGAAAGACUGUUUGUAAACUGAGAAAACCCAUUACCUUUCACUUUCUCGCUCCCAAAAUCUCUCUCUCUCACAAAACACAGACUCAUACUGUGUGUGAGAGAGAAAGAAAGUGUAAACCAUUUCGCCAUUUUCUGCUUGCUUGCGCUUCAAUCUCUCUCUCUCUCUGCCUCAAGUUUAUCAAUAUUUCCUCUGUACGCUUCCUUAGGAAAUGUGAAGCGAGCCAUUUUCCUUCUGUAAGCCAAACGGGGCCUUAAGAUAACAAGCUGAAGUUUAGCUUUAAAUGCUGGUCAAUUUCUAAAAUUGUUGAUGCUUGUGCAUUGGUUUCGAACUUUCGAUUCCUCUCCUGCUGUUUUCCAGCAUGCUGAGAUUAGCCUGAAACUAAUGGAAAUCUGUCCCGGUAUGCAAUUUCAGUUUGAUUAGUGGCACCAAAAAAAAAAAAUAAAAAUAAAAAUGAAUGGAGAAGAUAGACAAAUGGAAGUGCAUUACAUAGACACGGGGUUUCCAUACACCGCUACUGAAAGCUUCAUGGACUUCUUUGAAGGCCUUACACAUGUCCCUUUGAGCUAUGCUAAUGCCGGACCGUUUCAAGAUCAGGAAAGUGUGUACUGGUCAAUGAAUAUGAAUUCGUACAAAUUUGGGUUCUCUGGGCCAGGAAGUACUUCAUAUUAUGGUGCUUAUGAGGUAAAUGAUCAUUUUCCUAGAAUGGAUGUCAGCAGAAUGGCUUGGGAAUACCCUUCAAUGAUGAACACUGAAGAGCCCCCAACCACAGACUCACAGCUUGAAGAAGAUGUGAUCAUGGGAGUUCAUGAUACACCUGAAGAAUGCAUUCCAAAUAAUCAAGAGACUAAUACUUCCCAGGUUGUAUGGCAGGAAAACAUAGAUCCUGACAGCAUGACCUAUGAGGAACUACUUGAUUUGGGUGAGGCAGUUGGUACUCAAAGUCGGGGUCUUUCCCAGGAACUUAUCAGUUCGCUUCCAACUUCAAAGUGCAAGUUUGGAAGCUUCUUCUCAAGAAAAAAGUCUGGAGAGAGAUGUGUGAUUUGCCAAAUGAGGUACAAAAGAGGCGAGCGGCAAAUGAAAUUGCCAUGCAAACAUAUCUACCACAGUGAAUGCAUUAGAAAAUGGCUUGGCAUCAACAAGAUAUGCCCAGUAUGCAACAUUGAGGUAUUUAGCGAGGAGUGAAGGAAUUAAAGCAUCAAUUUUCAAAAAUGAUCAGAGGGAUUCAAUUUUCUUCAUUUUAUGUAGUUUUUUGUCCUCCCCCAACCAAGGAAAAAGAUAAAAGAAAAAGAAAAAUGAAACGAAAAAUCAAACACUGGUCCCCUUUUUGUACACAUACGAGUAGUAGUUGAUGAUGGUUAGAUGGUCCUCUAUUUUCGUAUACAUUUUGUGCAGUACUACAAAAUCCAUAUUGCUAACUUCUAUGGUAAGUGAAAUUGAGUUUGA